AUGGCGAAGUGCAUCGCGGUGCUCGGUAAAGAGAACAGUCCGUUGUUCCUACAAGUCGCCGAUCCUUCGCGCGAACUCGACUUCCACCGAACAGUUUGCGGUUGCAUGGACGUGGUUGAAGAACGACUCGCCGCCUUUUCAAAGCCUCCACAAGGCGGAGGUCCGGAUUUCCGCGAACAAUACCUCGGAUUACUCCACACACCGGAAGAGUUCCGAGUCGAACCGGAAGAACACAAUGUGUACAAGGCCUACGGCUACGUUACCAAUACUCGGAUCAAGUUUAUGAUUAUUUGGGAUGCUAGUGAUACUUCUUUGCGGGAAAACGAUGUCAAGGGAAUGUUCCGCAGGCUCCACAACGUGUACACGGAGCUCGUUUGCAAUCCGUUUUACAUUCCCGGUGACACCCUGAAUUGUAAAAAACUAAUCGAAAUGGCUGCUGUGACUGUGACGAAGCCUUUGGACUCUCCGGACGUGGAAGACGAUGACGACAUUUUUCUUGACGCUGACGAAGCCUACGACGAUCUCGACUUGGAGCCGAUUUCUUUGGAAUCCUCGAGCUUUAGCCUCGAUCAAAGUAUCGACCUUGCUUCACGCGCCUUGGACCUAUUCUUGAGUAACCGGUUUUUGGAAAGCAAAAGGCUAAUGGAUGUAGGGAAAAACUCGAGUAUGUACCACGCAUUGGGCUCAGGAACGUUUGCUUUCCUACAAGCUGUGAUGACGAUGAAUGAGAGUGAAUUAGAAUCUGCCGUCGCCGCUUUGAAAGCUUCGGUUCAAGUUUGUGCGCGGUUUCGAAAGAAGGAAAGCGUCAAGCAGACUGUGUCGAAACUUGUCAGAGGCAAAAAAUAUGCGAGUUAUACUGAAGAAGAACGCCAUGCUGAGCUUUGCUAUGCCGAAGGUAUUCUAGAAAAAGCCAUAUUAACAUUUCUGGAAGACGAAACUUUGUCGAGCUUUGUGAAAGGAGCUUUGCAGAUUCGCCAUGGAUACUUCGCUUACAGGGAGUGCUGGAAUAUUCUGAAAGAGAAACCGAUGUGGACGAACGAUAAAUUGCAAAAUAACUUCGAAAGUGGUGUUCGUCUUGGUGUUGGUGCUUUCAAUCUUCUAAUUUCCAUGUUGCCUGGAAGGGUGUUGAAAAUUUUGGAGUGGAUCGGAUUUUCUGGAACGAAGGAAUUGGGACUGUCUCAGCUUGAGAAGAGUUUCGAAUGCGAUGGAGCUUUGAGAAGUGUUUUGAGCGCUUUAGUGCUGCUUGGUUACCAUACUUUCAUUUGCUUUUUCGCGGGUGUCGGAGAUGGCGAUGUCCCAAAAGCGAAAUCAAUCGUUCAGGAUAUGCUGAAGAAAUACCCGAAUGGCGCAUUUUUCCUGUUCUUCUCUGGCCGAGUUGAGCUGGUGUCUGGCAAUGUUGAACUGGCGAUGGAAGAGUACCAGAAGUCGAUCGAUUCCCAGGACGAGUUGAUUCAGUUCCAUCACUUCUGCUUUUGGGAGUUGAUUUGGUGUAAUAUGUUUGUUGGGAACUGGAAUGAAGCCAGCAAAAACGCGAAACGUUUGCUGACUGAGUCGAAAUGGUCGCGUUGUUUUUACGCGUAUUGUCAAGCCUCUUGCAUCUCCAUGAAAGCGACGGUUUCUGCGGAAGACAAGGAAGAAAUCGAGGAAUUAAUGCGCCGAGUGCCGAAAUAUAAGCAGAGAAUUGCCGGAAAAUCCGUUCCAAUCGAAAAGUUUUGCGUGCGAAAAGCAGAACGCUUUUUUGCUCAGGGAUCGUACCUCGUCUUGCCGGCCUUUGAGCUGAUUUUUGUGUGGAACGGUUUUGCUAUUCUUUCGAGGAGACAGGAUUUGUUGGAGCGUAUUUACUCGCGGAUUCUGGACACUAAAAAACAGAUUGAAGAUGAGAAGCUGGUUGAUAAUUUCAAGACUGACAACCUGUGUCUGUGCAACUUGCUUGCGGGUUGCUGUUUGCGUUGGAUGGGACUUCCUACACUGGCUGAAGAGUAUUUUGAGGAAGCCCUCAAAUGCAACGUGGUGGAAGACAAGUACCUGCUUCCGUAUGCUGCCGCAGAGCUCGGGUACUUGUACUUAUCUCAGGGACAAAACGAACGGGCCAAAAAACAGCUUCAGUUUGCCAGGUCAAAUUUUGUGGAUUAUUCCCUGGAAUCGCGGUUGCAUUUCCGAGUACACGUCGCAUUGACCAAAGUUUCCGAACUGGAGAAAAAGAGCGACGAGAAUAAGUGCUGAUCUCAUUGGUCUUCCUCUGUGAAAAGAGUUGGAGAAAGUGAGCUGUAAGAAGAAAAUUUACGUUGGACGGGUGAAUGCCGAUGAAUUUCCUGCGUGAUUUCUUUGAUGGAAUAGGGAGAAAAGGUGUCGUAUAUCGAGGGGGGGGAAGCUCUUUGAGUAUUCCGAAAUCCACUUUUUAAAUCUUGCCCUCGGUUUUCUGAUGGUGAUACUCAAUUUUCCGAAAAAGUCGAAAGUACCCGGUUUUUUUUUUUUUUCUCUUGGGGCUGUGUUUGGUAGACUUGUUGCCAGAAAAAUUUCUUCUGAAAGAAAAUUUAGAGGAUGUAGGUGUUCAUAAUAGAGGAUAUUUUUUAGACGAGUGAAAAGUAUUUUGUUCAACCAGGAGAUGUUUGAAGUCCGCGUUUCCAUUUUGGAGGCCAAGUUACCCUGCCAAUCUGGCCGAAGACAGUUAUUGUUCUUCGUUCGUAUUCUUCAGUUGUGAUCACAUUCAUUUUUUUUCUUUCAGUUGAUUCAUUUUUCACGUAUAUUUAGAUGAUUGUUUCAUUUACGAUGUUUCGGGAAAUUUCUUUCAAUGUCGGCAGAUGUCAUUGCUUAUGCAUUUUUGAUCGAGAAAAGUUCCAAAUUUUUGGACGCAUCGUAGUUUUUGAGUAGGAAACUGAAAGAAAUGUGUUGAUUUGAAUGGACUUUCCAGUGCUUUCUUGGUUCAAAGUGCCAAGCAUUUUUUCCGCAUUUAUCUUGUUUUUUUUGUCAACAUCAGCUAGUCGUUUGCAAUUGUUUCUCCCUUGGGGGAAAAAAGGAGACAAAAUCCCGUCUUGCCGAUUUACAGUAAGAAAAAAAAAGGAAGAAAAGCGUGUGUCCAUGUUGGAAGUGUUGUGCUAUAUUGUUGAGCAGGUUUUAAUGUAGAAAAAUACGGUUUGUAGAUACGACGGAAAAUACGUUGGAAAUCGAGUUGCCAAGACUUUUAUUACGAGCGGAAGUUCUUGUUUGAUUGAAAUAUUAUCGCCCUGUGGUUUUUAUUUUCCAGUUACCGGGUGGGGUAAAAGUUACAUUGGGUUUCUUGCUGUUGACACAUUGACGAGUCAUCAAUUGAUGGAUAAUGCAAUUUCCUUGUUGCCAGGA